AUGAAUUCUGGUCAUAGCAGACUUCAACUAGAAGUUCUUCGUUUGUAUCGAAAUUUUAUACGAACUGUUGAUUUGUUGCAGUUCAAGUCCAAGUUAGAAAAUGGUACUAGCAAUGUGAAUAACGGUUCCAACUUUGAUCAACUCAAAGAGUUUAUCCGUUCUGAGUUUCGAUCUCAAGCAAGUGCCUACAAAAAGACUGAUAUUUUUGGUAUAGAGGCAGCACUACGUCGUGAUCGAACAAACUAUGUAGCUUCUUUUGCUUAUGGAUCUGUCGUUUUUCCACAGAAGGACAGAACAUCAAGUAAUUCACUUAUUGAUAUAAUUAUAAUUGUUCGUAAUCCUGUGGAAUGGCAUCUGAAAAAUAUUUCUGAAAAUCCUAAUCACUACAAUUUUUUAUUUCGGAAUUAUGCCAAAAAGUACCAGUCAUCAAGCCUAGAGGUGUUUCUUCCUCGUAUUCCCGGUCCCAAAGUCUAUUACAAUCCGUUUAUUGAAUGGAGUGAUCCACUUGAUAAUACCAAACUGUCGUUUAAAUAUGGUGUAGUUUCAUUGGAUAAUCUACUCACCGAUUUGUGUGAUUGGUCACAUCUCUACUUAGCUGGACGCCUACAAAAGCCUGUAUUAUGGAUUCCUAGUGGGUCUGAUCUCUCUUCACCCCAGGUUUAUGAUGAAAAAUUGUGUGUAUCACAAAACAAGAAUCUACUUGCGUCCAUAUCUUACUCAAUUUUACAAAAUUAUCCGACGAAUUUCCCAUUGAAUGAAUAUGACUUAUUCUACACAAUUUCUUCAAUAUCUUACACUGGAGAUUGGCGAAUGAUUAUCGGUGAAGAUCGACAGAAAACUUGGAAUCAUAAUUCUAAUGAUGCUCGAACAUUUUUAUCAAAUUUAUCGCAUACAGAUAGAAAUAAACGGUUACAAAAUACUUUAUCUAAUAUAGUCAGAAAGUCUAGUCUAUAUCAAACUGGUUUAGGUUUAGUUUCCGCUGGACCUAAACGAUCUUUAAGAUAUGCAUUAGCAAAACUUAAUAAAAUGUUUGCUAGUUUAGGAUUAAUUAAAUGGAGCUAG